GCAGGUUGUUGCGUUUUGGCUCUAAAGCCUGGAGACCUCCGAGGUGCGCGUCAGUUUUCGAAGUAGGAGCCAUGGCGACAACAGCUCAGUAUAUUCCGAGGAAUAACUCCUUACCGUCCAACCCGCUCAUGCAUCCGGAUUCGGAUAGGAUGCACCAGGGGACGACUUACAGAGAGGUGCAGAAAAUGAUGCACCACGAGUACUUGCAAGGGCUCGCGGCGACCAACACGGGACACCCGAUGAGCCUGACGCACCACCAGUGGCUGCCCACGUCCAACACCGACUGGUCCAGCGGCACCCACAUCGGACAGCAGGAGCACAAAGCCAGCGUGCAGGCGAGCCGGGACGACCUGAGCUCCGGCUUUCACCACAGAUCUCACCUGGUGCACCAGCAGACACAGGGUGGCCACCAUGGCUCGUGGGCGCCUACCACGACCCACCACUUAUCCCCGCUCUCUCCAGCAUCCAACAGCCACCAGUCCCUGGUCUAUUCCCAGCCCGGAUACACAAACCUCAACGCGAUGCUAAGUCCCCAGCCCGGCUCCCUGCACCACGGCAUGCGGGACCCGCUCCACGACGACUCGGGCAGCCACGACAACCAGAUGGAGUCGCCCCAGCAGGCGUUCAGCCAUCACCAGGACCACUCGGACGAGGACGCGCCCAGUUCCGACGACUUGGAGCAGUUCGCCAAGCAGUUCAAACAGCGGCGGAUCAAACUGGGCUUUACGCAGGCGGACGUGGGCUUGGCCUUGGGCACCCUGUAUGGAAACGUCUUUUCUCAGACCACAAUCUGCAGGUUUGAGGCUCUGCAGCUCAGCUUCAAGAACAUGUGCAAACUUAAGCCGCUGCUAAACAAGUGGCUGGAGGAGACAGACUCCAACACGGGCAGUCCCACCAAUUUAGACAAGAUCGCUGCGCAGGGCAGGAAACGAAAGAAGAGGACCUCCAUCGAAGUGGGGGUGAAAGGGGCGCUGGAGAAUCAUUUCUUAAAAUGCCCAAAGCCGUCUGCUCAUGAAAUCAGCACUUUAGCCGCUACUCUGCAGCUGGAAAAAGAGGUUGUCCGUGUUUGGUUUUGCAACAGAAGACAAAAAGAGAAAAGAAUGACACCAGUGGGGGUCCCUCACCCGAAUAUGGAGGACGUAUAUUCCCAGGCAGAGACCCCUCCUCUACACCGCACACUACAGAGUCCUGUGCAGUGACUGUUUUCAUGAACAAUCCCAGCGUUUCUGCAGGGGGAGAGAAAAGGGAAAGGGACUGUGGAGUUUACAAUAUUUAAGUUUGGCUUUUGUUUUGUUUUUCUUGAAAGAAAAGAGACAUGGGGGAAGUUGUGCAGAUGAGUUUUACCCUUAGUAUUCGGAGAUGUCCAACAAAUAGAUGGCAAAGAGGGAAAAUUAAAAAAAAAAAUCAUGAAAAUAGAAAAAAAAUAUUCGCUAUUAUUGAUUCCGUGCGCAUUUAAAGUGAAACAAAGAUCUUUAUUUACCAAAAUUAUAUGGAGGUGACUUGCAUAUAAAGUAAAUUUGAUAUCCCAUGGCUGUUUCUAAUGGGGAGUAAUUAAAUGUGGCAUCUCCUCCUGGUGCACCAUGAACUAUUGGCGCUCACCAGAGCGAGGUGUUCGCCUGAAAAUGAUCAAACACUGGAGAUGAAAAGCCUUUUUGUUGCUUUUCAGGCUUUAACUGAUUAACCAGAUUUCUGAAUAUUAGUGUAUGCUUUCUUUGUUAUAUUAAGUGUGAUGUUUUGGUUUGGAGCUACUUAAACUUCAGUGUCUCUCUUUAUGAUUUCUGUCAUGACUUUAACUCAUCAGAGCAGCCUCCAGUUUUUCCUGUUCUCUCAGUGGGGAGUUGAUGGUGGGAAAGUGAUGGAAAUUAUGGCACCCGAAAACACUCAUAAUUAAAAGCUAGACAUAUUUAAGAAAAUAUCCAAUGCAACAGGACGCAGGAGUCCUGUUUGCAUGCCUUAAAAGAUAUUUAAAGCUUUGCAGCUGACCACGUCGAAAUUUGCAAAAAGCACCAGACGCUAAAAAGGGCAAUUCUAAGAAAAAAUCAUUUUUUCUGGAAGGGUUAUUUGUGUUGAAAUUAUUGUUUUCUUUGCAUGGAGCACUUAUUUUUUUUUUUGUUAAUUUGUUUAUUGCAAUUUAAUAUUUGUUUUAAAAUUGUGAGUGGAGCUAAUCUCCAUAGGCUUAAACACAAUAAAUCCCAUGUUUACAGGUUC